GUUUAGCUGGCAAUGCAUCGUGGUCUUAAAGAUUCACCAAUGAACUCUCUUUCCUUGCUCUUCCCUUUCUUUUCAGGUGUAAACAGCACUUUCUCUAAACAGUCUGUCCCAGUCUCCAACGGCAACCAGCUUUGGACCCUGACCUUUAGCAGUGACCAUGUCAAAGACAAAACCCCCAUGGUUCUGCUCCAUGGGUUUGGAGGCGGCGUGGGCAUUUGGGCUCAGAACCUGGACGCCCUCUCGCAGCGUCGCCCCGUCUUUGCCCUGGACCUGCUGGGCUUCGGUCAGAGCAGCCGGCCUCUGUUCUCCACAGACGCUGAGGAGGCAGAGGACCAGUUUGUGGAGUCUUUAGAGCAGUGGAGGGCUAAAGUGGGUCUGGAAUCCAUGAUCCUGCUGGGCCACAACCUGGGAGGAUACCUGGCUGUUUCAUACUCUAUUAAAUACCCAGACAGGUGGGUGCCGAUUAUGGGAUUUUUCUUAUCUCACUGUAGGGUUGUGUUGUUUUUAAUUUAAAAGGGGUCUUUUAUC